CACCCACACUUCAGUCUUGAGAUGUGCCCCCAAAACUCUUCUCACCCAGAACACAUGAUAGUGGGACUCCACCCAGUGAAUGAUACCUCAUUCCCUUUAUUUCUCUUAAGUUUGCCAGGUGCCAAAAGAUUCCGGGAUAGAACGGGCACGAGUCUUUGCCAUUAGGGAUUUUUCAGACUUGGUGUUGAAAUAAGAAGAAAGGAAUACAAUAGAAAGAAAGCCUGGACUGUGGAAUCAGGCAUGGACAGCAAUCCUCUUUAAUAGCCAUGUGACCAGAAACAGAUCACUUAAUCCUUCUGACCUCAGCCUUUCCAUCUCUGAAACAGGGAUCAUAACAUCCACCCUGCAGGGCUGUAUGAGGACUGAGGAUGACACAUGUAAAACUCUUGACGCUGUGCCUGACACAGAGGAGGGACUAGUUGUCUUCCAGUUACCUUUGCAGUUUGGAGAUUCUGUAAUCAGAGCAGCUGAUGAUUCAAACCUUGUGUCACUAAGGUGGGAUAUUUCCCUGUGUCCAUCUCCCCGGUCUCCACCUCUCCCCCAGAAAGAGCCAGGAGGGCGAGAAAGAAUCUGUAGAGGUUCCAGCCUUCCCAGGCCACUUGCAGGAUUGGGCUCCGCUGCUCCCCAGCGCAAACCCCCACCACAGGACAACAGGGGGUCCAGGUUGCUCCCCAGUGGCCUCCCCCGGAAAUGCUCCGUCUUCCACCUCUUCGUUGCCUGUCUCCUACUGGGCUUCCUCUCCCUGCUCUGGCUGCAGCUCAGCUGCUCUGGUGACAUGGCCCGGGCAGCCAGGGGACAAGGGCAGGAGACCCCAGGCCCACCCCGGGUGUGCCCCCCAGAGCCACCCCCUGAGCACUGGGAAGAAGAUGCAUCAUGGGGUCCCCAUCGCCUGGCAGUGCUGGUGCCCUUCCGUGAACGCUUUGAGGAGCUCCUGGUCUUUGUGCCCCACAUGCACCGCUUCCUGAGCAGGAAGAAGAUCCAGCACCACAUCUAUGUGCUCAACCAGGUGGAUCAUUUCAGGUUCAACCGGGCAGCACUCAUCAACGUGGGCUUCCUGGAGAGCAGCAACAGCACGGACUACAUCGCCAUGCACGAUGUGGAUCUGCUUCCUCUCAACGAGGAGCUGGACUAUGGCUUCCCUGAGGCUGGGCCCUUCCACGUGGCCUCCCCAGAGCUCCACCCGCUCUACCACUACAAGACCUACGUCGGUGGCAUCCUGCUGCUCUCCAAGCAGCACUACCAGUUGUGCAAUGGGAUGUCCAACCGCUUCUGGGGCUGGGGCCGCGAGGACGACGAGUUCUACCGGCGCAUCAAAGGAGCCGGGCUCCAGCUUUUCCGCCCUUCGGGAAUCACAACUGGGUACAAGACAUUUCACCACCUGCAUGACCCAGCCUGGCGGAAGAGGGACCAGAAGCGCAUCGCAGCUCAAAAACAGGAGCAAUUCAAGGUGGACCGGGAGGGAGGCCUGAGCACCGUGAAGUACCGUGUGGAUUCCCGUACAGCACUGUCUGUGGGAGGGGCCCCCUGCACUGUUCUCAACAUCAUGUUGGACUGCGACAAGGCAGCUACCCCCUGGUGCACAUUUGGCUGAGUUGGCUGGACAGUAAGGAAGCCAGUGCCUCUAGGCUGCACUGCCUCUCAGGACCAGGACCAAGCCUCAGGCCCCGGGCCAGCUCCAGCAGGAUAUGCAGUGGCCUGAAGUAGUGGACAGCAAGCCCUGUGUUUGCAGCAGCCCCACUCCCAGAGGCAGGCUUGAGCUGGGACAGGACACACACAGGGUGCCUGGGAUGCUGCUGGCAAUAAACAGUGAUGGAAGAGGCUAGGAUGUGGCUUCUGCCUGGAACUCUGCCCGGCCUCCUGCUUGCCCUGCUCUGCCCUCCUUCACGUGCUGAGACCUGCGGGCUUUUGUUCCUUCCCCUGGACCGCCUCCUGCAGAGGUACCGUUAGACCCCAGGCUGCUGACGUGGGUGGCCAGGGUGUUUGGGAGGGACACAGCUGCAGAAACCAGAAUGCAAGCCCCACAGAAAGGGAACAACUGAAGCCAGCUCCAGCUGGAUGUCACCAUACAGGAGUGUGGGCCUAAUGUUGCCAGAUCUUCUGAUUUUUCAGAAGAAACGAGAAUUCUGGAUUCUUAAGUGAAAUCGGUUAAUUUUAAAAUGAUAGCAAUGAAUUGAAACUUUAAAAAAGUAUGGCAGGCCAAACAAAA